ACUGUUAAAUCAUAGACUGCAAGCUUGCAGCCCGGUCAAUGCAGUUAAAUGCGCAAAGCAAUGGACAGCAAGUUCUUUAAAGGCUUUUCCUUCGCUAUUGAUCGAGGUGGGACAUUCACGGAUGUGUUCGCCAAGACACCCACUGGCAAAUCCAUAGUAAUGAAAUUACUCUCUGAAGAUCCUGCAAAUUACCCCGAUGCACCUCGCGAGGGAAUUCGCCGUAUUUUGGAGCAGGAAACUGGAAUCAGAAUGCCUGCCAGCGAACCCAUCAAUCCAUCAUACAUCAAAUGGAUACGAAUGGGUACAACAGUUGCAACCAAUGCAUUGUUAGAAAGAAAAGGAGAACCAAUGGCAUUGGUGAUCAAUAAAGGAUUUAAGGAUCUUCUUUAUAUUGGUAACCAAUCAAGACCAAAGAUAUUUGAUCUGAAAAUCGAGAAACCAGAAGUCUUAUAUGAAGAAGUUGUUGAAGUCAAUGAGAGACUGGUUUUAGCACAGGAUGAUUGUGGGAUUUCAUAUCCUCAUCAUGGGAUUGUGUCUGGUAAAUCUGAUGUGAAACUUGAAGUUUGGGAAAAUGUUGAUCGCAAGAAAUUAAAGGAAGAUUUGAAGAGAAUAUAUGACAAGGGGAUUCGUAGCUUGGCAGUUGUUCUAAUGCAUUCCUACAUUUACUAUAACCAUGAAAAGGAAGUUGGUGAGUUGGCAAAGGAAGUCGGGUUCACACAGGUCUCCUUGUCAUCGGAGGUUAUGCCAAUGAUAAAGAUGGUUCCUCGGGGAUACACAGCUUGCGCCGAUGCCUACCUAACACCGUGCAUCAAAAGAUACGUUAGUGGCUUUACUGCUGGCUUUCAAGAUGAACUAAAGGAUGUGCGGGUGCUUUUCAUGCAAUCAGAUGGUGGACUUACACCCGUUCAGAAGUUCACAGGAUCUCGUGCAAUUCUUUCUGGUCCCGCAGGAGGAGUGGUCGGCUAUGCCGUAACGACGUACAGUGAAGAAACAGGUCAACCUGUUAUAGGAUUUGAUAUGGGAGGCACGUCGACUGAUGUUUCUCGUUACGCUGGUCACCUAGAACAUGUUUUUGAGACAACGACAGCUGGAAUUACGAUCCAGGCCCCUCAGCUUGAUGUGAACACGGUCGCCGCUGGCGGAGGUUCGAGAUUGUUUUUCCGUUCGGGAAUAUUCGUCGUUGGUCCGGAGUCCGUCGGAGCGCAUCCGGGUCCUGUUUGUUACCGGAAAGGAGGAAAUCUGGCUGUGACUGACGCUAAUCUGGUGCUGGCUCGAUUACUUCCUCAAUAUUUUCCUCGUAUCUUUGGACCAAAUGAAGAUCAACCAUUAGACAAAGACUCAUCUUACAACAGUUUUAAAAUACUUACUGAAGAAAUAAACCAAUUUCUCGCCGCAGACGGGAAGGAGCCAAUGUCUGUGGAAGACGUGGCAAUGGGAUUUGUAAAAGUUGCAAACGAGAACAUGUGUCGACCAAUCAGAGCUCUGACUCAGGCUAGAGGAUAUGAUACGUCACGUCACGUGUUAGCGUGCUUUGGAGGUGCAGGGGGUCAACACGCAUGCGCUGUUGCGAGGUCGCUUGGGAUGUCAAUAGUGUAUAUUCACAAAUAUGCGGGUAUUUUAUCGGCAUAUGGGAUUGCAUUAGCUGACGUCGUUCAUGAGGCGCAAGAAACAUGCUCCAAGGUUUACUGUCAAGAAUCCUUCGAGUAUUUGGACAAUAAAAUUGAGGAACUGGAGAAAAUUUGUGAGAAAGAACUCAAAGAUCAAGGUUUUGACGAGAGUGACGUCUCAACCGAAGCGUUUCUGAACAUGCGUUACGACGGGACGGAUUGCGCUCUCAUGUGUGCUGCCUCAGAACGCGAUGUUGCAAAAGGCUGUGUUCAUGGCGAUUUUAAGGAAGCAUUUCUUAAAAGGUACUCCACAGAAUUUGGUUUCACUAUUCCAGACCGAGCAAUCAUUGUCGAUGACAUUCGUGUGCGAGGAACAGCUCGUUCGUCCAUUGAUCAGACUUUUGAAUCGGUUUACACAACAGACAAACCAGAUUUUGAGAACGUCAUAAAGUGUUACUUCGAAAGCGGAUAUCUUGAUACGAAAGUAUAUUUAUCUGAGAAGCUGAGUUACGGUCAUGAGAUUGAGGGACCUGCGAUUAUUAUUGAUAAAGCCUGCACUGUUUUGGUGGAACCGUAUUGUACUGCUUCCAUAACGCAAAAUGGUGACGUAAAAAUUCAGAUCGGUAGAGACCUUUCUCAGCGGAAUAUCACAACAGAGCUGGACGCUAUUCAGCUGUCAAUAUUUUCGCAUCGGUUCAUGAGCAUUGCUGAACAAAUGGGAAGGGUUUUGCAAAGGACCUCGAUAUCCACCAACAUCAAGGAACGAUUGGACUUCUCGUGCGCCAUGUUUGGCCCUGAUGGUGGACUGGUAGCUAAUGCACCUCAUAUUCCAGUACACCUUGGGGCCAUGCAAGAGACUGUGCAAUGUCAGAUGAACCUGUUGGGAGACAAAAUCUUUGAAGGUGAUGUAAUUCUUUGUAACCAUCCGUCUUUUGGAGGAAGUCAUUUACCCGACUUGACUGUAAUUACGCCGGUUUUUUAUCCUGGACAACCAAAACCAGUCUUCUUCGUGGCAAAUAGAGGUCACCAUGCUGACAUUGGAGGAAUAACACCAGGUUCUAUGCCGCCUCAUUCCAAACUGCUCACUGAAGAAGGUGCUACAUUCGCGUCAUUUAAGUUGGUUCAAAAUGGUGUCUUUGAUGAAGAAGGUGUCACGGAGAAACUCAUGGAACCCCAAAAGUACCCGGGCUGCAGCGGUACACGAAAUCUUCGCGACAAUUUAUCUGACCUCAAAGCUCAGGUGGCUGCAAACAAGAAGGGCAUUGAUCUCAUAACCGAACUUAUCGAUGAAUACAGCCUGAUCGUAGUGCAAGCUUACAUGAAUCACAUUCAAACGAACGCCGAAAUCGCCGUGCGAGAUAUGCUUAAGGAGAUUCGGUCCAAGACUAAAGAGCGUACAGGACAAACAGUAUUGUCAGCGGUUGACUAUAUGGACGAUGGGACGCCGAUUGCUCUGAGUGUUUCUAUCCAAGACGAUGGUAGUGCGGUUUUUGAUUUUACAGGAACCGGACCCGAAGUCUAUGGGAACUGCAACGCGCCAAAAGCCAUUAUUUUGUCUGCAAUUAUUUAUUGUUUACGUUGCAUGGUUGGCCAUGACGUGCCUCUGAAUCAGGGUUGUUUAAAACCAGUGGAGUUGAGAAUACCAUCCGGUACCAUCCUCUCGCCAUCCGAGACUGCAGCUGUCGUUGGUGGAAAUGUUUUAACCACUCAACGGAUUGUCGACGUCAUUUUCAGAGCAUUCGAAACAUGUGCUGCUUCACAGGGUUGUAUGAACAACACCACCUUUGGGGACGAAUCUUGUGGAUAUUAUGAAACAGUUGCUGGCGGGGCUGGCGCCGGUCCAAACUGGGAUGGAAAGAGUGGUGUUCACAGUCACAUGACGAACACAAGAAUCACAGACCCGGAGAUACUUGAGAAAAGGUACCCUGUGGUGUUGCGAAGUUUCCAACUGAAUCCAGGCUCCGGCGGGCAAGGUUUAUAUAAAGGUGGCGAUGGUGUGAUUCGUGAGUUGAUUUUCAGAAGACCGCUGACAUUAUCAAUUCUCAGCGAAAGAAGGGCAUUUUGCCCGUACGGAUUAAAAGGUGGCUCUUCAGCGUCACGUGGUCGAAAUCUUUUGUUCUACAAAGAUGGUCGGAAAAUAAACUUGGGAGGAAAAGCAUCGGUUAAAGUGGAAGCUGGGGACUGCUUUCAUUUGGAGACUCCAGGCGGAGGAGGGUAUGGAAACGAGUCGGAAAACGACGACAUCACGGACAAUGACGAACCAUUGCGAAGAAAACGCGUUUCCGAAGCGAAAAAGACGUUUACAGAGAAGGGAAGUGUACAUGCCUAUCGGAUGAAGCAGGAAUCUGCUUAAUGAAGAUAGGUGACAUUAUUAUGACCCUUAACAAUUGAAACUUUGACUGAAAUGCAUUUGAAAUGCAUCUGAAAUGUAUCUAUAAGAUACUGAGAGAGAUUCAAAGUUAAUCAGAUUCACAUUUAGAACUUAGUUAUAUUACCGUAAUGAGAUAGAUAGAUAGAUUCCCAUUUGCAAGAAAUCGUAUCGAAACAUUUCACCGCUUUUCUUUGCUCCUAAAUUAUGUCACAAUUUUGGCAAUCGCAUAGUCAAUAGAAAUGGUCAUGGAUGACGAUAAUUUAUGAUUUCAUCACUGUGUCUGAUACUGUCUGAUCUCAAUGCUCGUUGUCUGAACAUCUAUAAAUAUGUUUCCUCUCUUAUACGCCAACGAUAGCAUACCAAACCAUGCAGCAUAUUGUCCUGUGUACAAGGAUAUGCAGGUAUUUUUAGACAUCGCUAAACGGAUUCUUAAAAAAUGCAUUUUCCUCAGCGCAACGCAUCCUUAGAAGGGAACUAUUCCUAAUUUAGGGCUUUUGAAAACUUGUUUAUCAAAAAAAUAUAAUUAAUUUUGAGCAUAACCGGGCAUAUUUUUGCUUUCUAAUGUCGGGUACGAACGUUUAAACCGGUGAAAAGAAAUCAUCUUCAGGAGAUUCCUAAAACGGCAUUGUUGAGCGUCAGUGUCGUAACAUGCACAUCAAACGUAAGAGCUGAAGAAUUUCCUCUUUCGAAAAAAAAUCGCUUUUAUUAAUAUUAUGGUGAAGGUUUACUUAAUAACUGAAUUGGCGUUUAUUCAUUCAUAUACACUGCACCAGAUGUUUGAGAUAUAUGUUGACCUAACUUAAUUUAUACCUUUUGAUUUAAAUUAAACAAAAUGGACAUACAUUUGCUGAUGUUCGUGCGAGAAUAUAUUUCAUUGAAUUUUACAACAAUGAAGAAUAUUGACCGCGUUCAUAUCAGGCUAAACAUUAUCACCUUCCAUUUGUACACUUAAUAAUUUUUCAUUAAUUGGCAUAGUCGAUUAUUCAAACAUUUCCUCCAAUUAAUUUAAGAGCCCCAUUAAUGGUAGAAAAUGUCUGCAAUUUUGAUAAAUUAAUAUAAACACCAAUAGCUCGAUUUGCAAUUUUUGUCGCAAAAUGUUUUUUCAGGAAAAAACUUUUUUAUAACAGCUAACCAGCGAAUGUUAUGAAUUUGAAAAACUUGGCAGGAAUUUUAGUCCGAAUAGCUGAAAUUUUCAAGCAUAUCUAAGAAUAUCCACUUUUGUUAUUUUAUGGAAACUAAAGUUGCAGUAUUGGUCAUUUGUAUUUUUGAUUAUGGUAUUCGCCUUUGCAUGGAAAAUUCCCACGUAGCACCGCUCAUAAGUAUAAAAGCAUCUUGUUUCAACACCACAACUCAAGCGAAAGUGUAUAUAAAGCGACUUAUUGCUGAGAAAAAGAAAUUGAAGAUCAAGGCAUUUCUAUAAGAAGUAAGACAAACGGAUUGUCGAGGAAGCCUGGAUCAAUUUGAAGGUAUGGGUAAAUAGAUAAAAACCUAAAAUGUUUUACCUAAGAUAUAAAAUUUUGUUUUUUACGAAUACAUGAAAUAGCAAUUUUGAAGGAGCAAAGCGCAUCUAUAUAACAGAUAAAGCAUUUUGUUUUACUAAAUUUAGGACAAGACGAAUUAAGUUAUUCAAAUAUUUAACUUCAGAUUGCUGUGGUCUUCCUAACCAGAGAAAGAACGGUGAAAUAUAUAAGGAAGGUAUUUUGUGAGGAAUAUGGCUCUCGCCUUUCGUCCAAUGUUCGUGUUAUGUUUGGUGAUUCUUUCAAUCGUUGUAGUGAAUGGUUCCUCAGUGCCAUGCCCGUGCAAAGUGAAGUACACUAAGGUUGGCUGCUAUAAAGACCCAGGUUCCUAUACUAGGAUCUCUUCUGAACGUCAUUUUCCUGAUCUGCUGCUGAACUGGCGUGACCGAAUAGACUGGUACGACGGUUGGCAUGAUUUCUUGAAAGCUCUGACCUGCAGAUGUGCUGAAUUGGCAAAGGAAAGAGGCUAUCGUUACUAUGGAUUGCAAUUUUUUGGCGAGUGUUGGUCAGGGGAGCAUUCGGAGGAAAUAUUUGAAACAAAAAAGGCUAAAAGCUGUUGGGGUUAUCGUCCCAAUUAUACACAAUGCGUUGAUGACAGUCCUAAUGAAUGUGUAGGAAAAGAACAUCAUAAUUACAUCUACGAGGUGAUGC